GAAAAGGCGGCUGCUGGGGGGGAGGGGGAGGAACAUGGAUGAGAAGCUGCAAGCGCAUCAGGUUGACAUCGACCCGGAUUUUGAACCCCAGAGCCGGCCUCGCUCUUGCACCUGGCCGCUGCCUCACCCCGACUUUCCGGGCGAAGAGGACGAUGGAGCCGCGGCUGCCGGGGGCGGUAGCGGCGGCUCUAAGCACCCCUUGGCCGGCGGCACGGAAGGCGCCGAGAACGCCGGAGUGGCGGCGGAGCGCGGCAAAGCCGCCCCGGCGCUGCCUUCGCUGGGCGCGGACGUUGGACAGCUCCGCAAGGCGAAGACCUCGCGGCGCAACGCCUGGGGCAACCUGUCCUACGCGGAUCUCAUCACCAAAGCCAUCGAGAGCUCCCCGGAGAAGCGGCUCACCCUGUCGCAGAUCUACGACUGGAUGGUCAGAUACGUCCCUUAUUUUAAGGAUAAAGGAGACAGCAACAGUUCGGCUGGUUGGAAGAAUUCAAUCCGGCACAACCUGUCCCUGCAUACCCGCUUCAUACGUGUGCAAAACGAGGGGACUGGCAAGAGCUCCUGGUGGAUGCUGAACCCCGAAGGAGGGAAAACUGGCAAGACACCACGCAGGCGGGCCGUCUCUAUGGACAACAACAGCAAGUUCCUGCGGAUCAAGGGCAAGGCCAGCAAGAAGAAGCAGCUCCAAGCUGCCCAGGAACGUGGAGAGGAGAGCCCAGCCAGCCAGCAGACCAAGUGGUCAGAGAGCCCCAACUCCCAUGCCAGUGAGGAGUACGACGCCUGGGCUGACUUCCGGACACGGGCAAACUCUUCGGCCAGCACCUUGAGUGGGCGCCUCUCUCCCAUCAUGGCCAACCACGAGCCGGAUGAGCUGGAAGAGGAUGAUGGGACUCCCUCCUCCCCACUGAUGUACCCAAGCCCAUCCAGCACCAUGUCCCCCUCCUUGAACUCCCACUGCUCUGUGGAGAUGCCCAGGUUGACUGACCUCACCGGCACCAUCAACCUGAAUGAGAGUUUGGGCGAGAGCCUCUUGGACGACCUGCAGGAUAGCUACAGCAUGAGCCCCGCUCAGUCACUUCCUGCUGGGGGCCUCCGACAGAGGAACUCCAGCUUCAGCUUCAACUCUAAGUGCUCCGCUGUGGGAGGAGGAGGCAGCACCUACUGUGGGACCAUCUACAGCCAGCCAGCCAUGAGCCUCAUGCGGCGCCUUCCCAUGCAAACCAUCCAGGAGAACAAGCAGGCCACCUUUGCUCCCAUGAACUCCUACCGCAAUGCCUCCUUGCAGGACCUGCUCUCCUCAAUCUCCUAUGCGCACAAAGAGGGCGAGGCACACAUGCCACCAGCCAACAGCAUGGGGCCACCCCGCGGCCACAGACAAAAUGCCCUCAUGUGCGGUGGUGGGGGUGGCGGAGGCGUGGAGAUAGGUCUGGUCCCCUAUCCUCCCCACUCAUCCUCCCUCAUGAAGAGCAACACGUUGUACCACCCAUCACCAGCCAGCCACCACCACCCGAUCAACAACAGUGCCUUACCCUCUCCUAUCAGCCUUAUGAGCCUGCCCAAUGACUCUUGCAGCAUGGUGGCCAUGCCCCACCAUGGGCACAUCCAUUCCUACAUGAACAACCAAGGGGCACACAUGAAUUUGCUAGAUUCUUUGCAGGGACCCUACCCAGAAGCCAUGCACACCCCUGUUUUGGGCCAGGACAGAUUCCCAGCAGAUUUAGACUUGGACAUGUUCAACGGUAGCUUGGAGUGUGACGUGGAGUCCAUCAUCCUCAACGACUUUAUGGACAGCGAUGAGAUGGACUUCAACUUUGACUCAGCUCUUCCGCCGCAAAAUGGUCUCAACAUGGCCACUUUGCCCAGUGCCCCGCAGCCCACCAAUCAGAGCUGGGUGCCUGGGUGAGAUCCUGCUUAAGACAACUCUGACUCACCAGUCAGCAGGAUGGGGGGCGGGGGUAGGGUAUGGAAACAAACUCUCUCUUUCUCCCCCCCCUCCACCUUUCUUAUUUUCUUUGCCUUCAUUUGUUCAGCCAGGCUAGAGCCAUCUGUUUAAACUUGACAACAACACUAAACACACACAUACACAGUGUAGGGUAAAAUGUUUUGACAGGUACCGGCGACUUCCCGCUUGUGCCAGGUGUAUUGUGCAGUAAGUCAGAUCUGUCUUUGAUGUGUGCAAUAGGCACAAGUUAGCCAUGGCAUUGCAGAGCUGCUGCUCCCUCCUGCCUCCCUCCCUCCCUCCCUGGGCACAUGCACUAUUACACAGAAAGAGGGAACAAGCGAUGUGUGGCCAUAAGAACGAUCUAGGUCGCCACAUUGGUGUAGACAGCCGCAAUGAAACAACAGCUCUGGUUCUUCAUCGACCCCUUUCCUAAUUGUACUCCCUGCACCUCAGCUCUAAUUUGACCCACCCACACACACACUUCCUGGUCCUUACCCAUCUGUGACACCCCUAAAGUUGCUUAGAAUUCCCUUACUUUUUAUAUGGCAUUUUCUCUCUCUCUCUGCACAGUCCUGGAAUACUAAUUAGCCAACAGCUCUGAGAGCCUCAGGGUAGAAGCUUGCGGCACUAAAGCCAGUUUUAACCUGAGUUAGCUCCGCUACAUCCUUGUCUGGUGGUUCUCACACUGAAUCUCUAUGGGUUUCCCACAUCAGGUUGGGAUAUGCAUAUCUCUACCUAUCUAUAUAGAUAGAUAUGAGCAAUCAUACUUGUGGCAUGGCUGGCGCAGAAGGGAAAGGCUGCUACAAUCACUGUGGACUCAGCAGCGGACACUGUGGUCUCCCAUGGACCAGUGCGCAGUGGGAAGCUGAGCCAAUCUGAUCAAUGCCAGCUUUGCCAACAGUCACAUUUUCUGUGCUUGCAACAGCAACAAUAACAACAACAAGCAUUGGGUGACGUGAAAGGUGUGCACAAGCGGGUGGCAAGUGUGCCGCAAUGUGCCUGCUGCAGCACACAAGUGCGCAUGACUUUUUGCACAUACAGGUGGCACUUAGCACUACGUUUAGAGUUAGUCCCAGGUUUGACAUGGCUGCUGCUGCUGCUAGCCUGGGAAAUUGCCAGGGUAGUGGGGAUGGGAAGGAACUAUUUAUUUUGGUUGUAUGCACACUCUUACCAGCAAAUAGACUUUACAUUGCCAAUGCAACCCCCUGCUAGGUUUGCAGGGGAACAUGCGGCUUGUAAAGUGAGGACCAGAGCUAAACUAGGAAAAGAUCCAGGGGAUGGGGGUGGGGGUAAAAAUGCAGCAAACUGAGAUGGAGACAGACUAUUGGGAUAGAGGAGGAAGGCAAAAAUCUGGUAUGUGACCACCCCAGAUCAUCUAGACUGGGAAAGGUGAUACUUCUUCCCACAAAAGGCAGCUACAGGACUGAUACCCUCAUUUUGAAGGGGGGGGAGGCUGAACAUGGAAGAGUACAAGGCACCUCAAAAGAACUAGAUUUCUACCUGGACAGCCCAUGGCAGGUUAGUGGUGGAUAGAUGUCAGUGAUGAUUUGGGAGAGGAGGAUGCUGGGUGAAGCUAGAGUGUGUCCCCCCCCCACUGUGGAGCUCUUAAAAGUCCCCGGGUGCUAUCUAAGAUUGUGGGAGACAGGUAUCUGCUUCCACUUGGGGUCUGCCUAUCUCAUCCAUUUCUUGUUACACAAAGUUAGGACCAGUCUAUUUGGCCUCCUGAAAUGCUCUCCUUGUAAUAAUACGGAUGGGUGUUUGUAGCCUGCAGAGUUUGGCAGUACCUGAUCUGUGUCUGAUAAAGGUUUGGGCGUCGCUAGGCAGGGCUUCCCAGCACUGGGCCACUGGAUGGCUUUGGGUGUUACCUUAUGUGGGGCUGUUUUCUGUAAUAUGAACGUAUGAAGCUGCCUUAUACUGAGUUGGGCCAUUGGGCCAUCAGGCUCGGUGUCGUGUUACCACUGAUGGAGGCUAUCUAGGGUUUCAGAGAGAGGCCUUUCUGAGCCCUAUCUGGAGAUGUAGGGGUUGAGCUUAGGACCUUCUGCUCAGAAAGGAUGUGUCCUGCCACUGAGCUACAGCCCUUCACCAUCAAAGUCUGUUUUGCGCCUGGGGCCUUCUGCAUGCAAAGCAUGUGCUCUGCUGCAGAGCUAUAAUUCCAAAGUAAGAUUUCUGCCUCUCCUUCAUGCGGUGAGACACAUAAGCUGUUCCCUGCACCAGAUCAUUGCUUGGAGAGAUAUUGGGGGGGGGGAAGUGUGGAGCGCAUGAUGUCACUUACACUUCCUUUCCCACAACACCCAACACCCUGCCUUAUGAUGUCACUUCCCAAGUGGCUCCUCGACAUCCUGCUUGCUUCUUAGAUAGCCUGGAAAAGGAGGCUGGGCUCGCUCAAAGAGAUGAAACUACCACAACCUUCAGUGAAUAGAAAUGAAGCAUCAGAGGGGCCAGGACAUUAGAGCUGAAAACUGCAUCCAGGGCUUUUCGUAUAGAUAGGCAGAUGCAUAUAUUCAGAAUCCUGAGCCAAGCUGACCCAGAUUCUGUUUUCCAAACAAGUUGAAUCCUGUGGCUUGUCUAAACCUUGCAGAUUUAAACAACUGAAGUGCCUCUGCUAAUUUUGAAUAAUUUGCCCUUCUAAUCAUGGGGGUGGGCGGAGAGAGAGAUAAGCCCCCUAGAAACUGCUAUUUUGCAUCAGACACAGCUGGGCUCCGGUAUCACAACUGAGCCUAGCUAAAAAGCAGGAAAAGGGUCUGAGAAAAAGGAGUUACAAGAUGAGGUGGUGGAUGAAGAGAAUUUCAUACUCUUCAUCGGUACACCUCUUGUAGGAAGCUACCUUAUACUGCUAGAUCAGGCUGUUUGCCCACCUAGCCUAGUCAGCCUACUCUGACUGGCAGCAGCUCCCCAGGAUCUCAGGCAGAGAGUGGUGUAUCCCAUCACCUGUUCUCUUAUGGCUGGGGAUGCUGAAGGUUGGGACAUUCUGCAUGCAAAGCAUGUGCCCUAUCACUGAGCUACGGCUCUUCCUGAUAUUAUAAGGCACAGGAAGCAGCCUUAUACCAGGCCAGACUGUUUGUCCAUGUAGACCAGUACUGUUUACUCUGACCAGCAGCGGCUCUCCAGGGUCGCAGACAAAGGUCUUCUCCAUCACUUGCUAUGCGAUCCUUUUAAUUGGAGAUGCCAUGGAGUAAACAUACAAAGCAAGCGUGCCACCAUGACGUUAUGGACCCCUUCCUGCUUUGCUCAUUACAUCAGCUCACCAUCCGGCUUUGUAUUUGAUUGGGACACAUCUGGGUUUAAAUAUAUGGUGUGGCUAUCAUCACAUGCCUUUCAAUCUUUGGCCUCUAAAGCAGUGUUCUUCACCCCUGGGUUCCCAGAUGUUGAUGGACUACAAUUCCCAUCAUCCCUGUCCAUUGGCCAAGCUGGGAAUCAUGAGAGUUGUCGUCCAACAACAUCUGGGGACCAAAGGUUGAAGAACAUUGCUCUACAGCACAUGCUGAGAUGUGCUUAAAUUCCCUCCCAUCAAAAUCAGUGGGACCUCAUACUGUUGAAACCACACCUGAGUCUUCCCCAUCACGUUUGUUCAAACAAUGUCAAAAUCUAUGCAAUGGUAGGCUGUGUACACACCAUAAGUUUAAAGCCCAUUGAAAGCACAUGAUGUCCCCAAAGAAAUCCCAGGAUGUGUAGUUUACCCCUCAUUGAACUAUGAUUUCCAGCACUCUUAACAAACUAUGGUUCCCAAGAUUCCUUGAGGGAUGUCCUAUGCUUUAAAUGUGUUCUGAAGCCACAUUCACACCAUACAUUUAUUCCAGUAUCAUUCCACUUUAAACAGUCAUGGUUCCCCCCCCCCCAAAGAAUGCUGGGAAGUGUAGUUUGUAAAGGGUGCUGAGAGUUGUUAGGUAGAUUCCUAUUCUCACAGAGCUACAAUUCUCUGAGUGGUUUAACAGUCAGUCUUUCUUCCCAGAGAACUUUGGGAAUUGUAGCUUUGUGAGGGGAAUAGAGGUCAUCUAGUAACUCUCAGCAUCCUUCACAAGCUACACUUCCCAGAAUUCAUUGGGGGAAUGGCUGCUUAAGAUGGAAUAAUAGUGGAAUAAAUGUAAAUGUGGCCUGAAUGUAUGAUGUGUGCACAGUCUUAGAGAUGGAGCUAAGAACAGCUUCAUCCCAUGGAACCUCAACUUUUAAAAAAAUAACUUGAGAAAUAAAAAAACAACAGCACUGUGAUAAACAACAUUUUAUUAUUUGGGUUUAUUUGGUCAGUCCAAGCCAGCAAGCAAGUGUCAUGUACAGAAAUAACUUUCUGGGUGCAUAGCUGAUGUAAAUUCUUUAAAUGAGCAUCUGUCUGCAUUGUCAUGCUGGCUGUGCACUUUGAAUACUAGGGGCUGAGUGGUUGCUUUGUAAGCAACCAAAAAGCCUUGCUGCUGUUUCAGGUGACAACUCUGUGGCUCUGGCCAUCCUCCUGUAGAAUGUGCCUGGAAGUAGCCUCGUUCCCAUGGUCACUGUUGGGGGGGGAUGUUGGCUUAUGGGAGCAUACCAUCAUUCCCAGGAAAAUUCUUUCCAGGAACAUAGCCUGUGAAAAGAUGAUUUUAAAAAGACAUUUGCCCACCUGCAGAAAUCAUUUAAUAUCUCCCUCAUCUACCACUUUCAUAGAUGGGGGGGAUAUUCAGAUUGAGGGGUGAUAUUCAGCCCACUUCUACCUUUGAACUGGCUAGAUGUGUAUUUUGAUGUGCUUGGGGAUGUAGAUCUGUAUCUGGGACCACCAGUUCUUAGCACACAGCUUGUUGCCCAUGACUUAAACUGGAUGGGGGCCAGUAUACAAUGCAGACCUUAAUUUUACCAUGCAGAAAGUAAUAGGUUUCUAAAGAACAUCUGCAAAAACAGACUUCCCUCUAAUGCAGCUGACAUAAUUUCACUGAAUUAUGCUGAAAGAGACAAUAUUUCAUAUUUUCCCCUAGCCCCCCUCCGAUUCAUUUUUGGCAUAGUGUGCCUCAAUUAUUUGGGGGUGUGUGACAUCCCCACCCAAAUUUCCCCAUCUUUUCUCUUUGGCCUUCACAUUAGUAGACAAGAAUAGGCAUAGUGAAGUGAGAUGGGCCUCCAGAUGGGUUAAUUAUGAAUAUCUUAGGCUGUAGCUUUCAAUUCAUGCCACAGCCCAGUCUUUGAGAAGAGAGAUAAAUGUGCAUGAGCCUUCCUCCUUGCCCCCCCCACACUAAAGUUAUUUCGUUUGCACCACCAUUAUUCUGCUCCUCCUCACAUCCACCUGGACCUCGACCAGUUGACAAAAGGCUAUCAGGAAGUGGGCAUCAUAUCUCACUACUGCUCAUAACGACAUGUCUUGAGAAAAGGAGGGAGCUGUCCCAUUUUUGCCCCUGAGAUAGCCAGGAAAUGUCUUAGACUAGCCUGUGUUACUCUUUGCUCUGGGUCUGUGUCAGCUACAGGCUAAUAAUAAUAAUAAAAUAAAAAUCAGAUGAGCUCACAGGUUAUAAAUGUUUACAUUGCUGGAUCAUGUACUGAAUUUAAUAUAUUUUGAUUCUGUCAAAUUCUUUUUGUUUGUAACUAUUAUUGUGGUUUUUUUUUACUAUUAUAAUUAAUUUGGUCCAGCUUAUGAGUUCAUUUUAUAAUUUCAUCCUCAGUUUCCCAAAUAUAUUUAAUGAGAACACUAAAUCCUAAGCUCAGUGGCAAUCCCACAGUAGGUUGCCAAGGAAUGUUGUUUGUGGAAUGGUGGUGGGGAGCCUGUUCCCUGGGGAUCAGGGAUCCAAUUGCCUCAGGUCCACACCAUACAUUUAAAGCAUAUCCAAUGCUCAUUUAAAGCACAUGACUUCCCCCAAAGAAUCCUGGGAACUGUGGUUUACCUCUCAGAGAGCUACAAAUGUCCAGCACCCUUAACAAGCAACACUUCCUAUGAUUCUUUGGGGAAAGUCACAUGCUUUGAAUGUGCAUUGGAUGUGCUUUAAACUGAAGUGGACUUACGUAAUCUUCUGCACAUGCACACACACACACACACAUUAGGGAUGGGGUUCGGAAUCUGAUUAUGUUUCAUUUUUCAGUUCGUCAAAUGGGCUGCCAGUUACGAUUCGCUUGAAAUUGUGUUCCGCUAGUUAUCACAGUUUCUGGUUCUCCUUCCCCCCCGUUUUUUUAUUGAAAAAUUAUGUAUUUCCCCCCGUUAUUCCUUGUGCUGCUGUAUAAUUUAUAUAAUGUAUACAGCAGCACCUGAUUACAAAAAUAAUUAUGUAAAUAAUUACGUAAUUCUCAGCACAGAUUUUUCUUUUUUAAAAAAAUUACGGUGUGGCUGACAGCUCUGAAAGCACACAAAGAGUGGGAGCCUAUUCGACGAUGAGACGAACUUGCAGAUUGUCCCAGAAUUUGAUACCGAAUCCGAUUUUGCAAAUAUACUACACCAUCUCUAACACACACACAAACACACCCUUGAUCUUGAAGUGUUGGCGAGAAAGGAAAGAGAACCUGUAAGGCAAACAGAGAUGUGAAAUGGCUGCUCAUACUUUGUCCCCCUCCUCCGCUGACAUGCCCCCUCCCCAGUUCUUGAGAAUGGGAUAUAUGGAACCUAGUGGCAUCAAAUUGAAUCAUGUCCCAUGUUGUCAAUGCAAAGAGAGAGACAGAAAAGCUCCCCCCCCCGGCAGACCCCAAGCUGUAUACCCAUCUUUGUAGAAGAGCAGAAAGAGAGGCUCGACCUCCCAUGUCACUUGGCUGUCCCAGCACAUUCAGCCAGGGAUGCUGCCCCCAGCAGGAAGCGCCCCUCUUUGCUCAGCGAUCUUUGUGGUGUGUUAACCGUGAGGUCGUCGUGUGUGCAAUGGAGUCAUAUUUGCUAAGCGUUGUGUUUACCUGUCUUUUUGUGGAAGUGCAGUGCAGUGCUGCUGUAGUGGCUGGGAUGUGGAGCCAGGGCUGGCCAUGGGAAGGGAGGCACACCAGGGAGCCAUCCCCAGCCAUUCAGGAAGGCAGUGGCAAUGGAGAAGGGGGAAUGAGCAGGGCAUCCCAGUUGAGGAAUGAGAGCAAGUGAGAUGGCGUUUCCUCUAAAGACAAUUGAAAAGGGAGUGAUCGUGGGGCCAGACUUAAAAUGUGGGGAGUAGGAUCGUUCAUAGAGGUGAGGAUCAUUUGUUGCCUUGGAAAUGGAGAUGGAGAUUUAUUUGUUUGUCCUAACCCCAUUUGGGCCUCUAUGGGGAUACUGAGGGUGAUAUUCAGUGCUACUCACUAAAGUUAAUAGAGAUGACUAAAUAAGCUCAUUAAUUUCAGUGGGUCUAGCUGAGUAAGGCCCCAUCUGCACAAUACAGUUCAAGCAUUAUUAAACCACUUUAUAAACAGUCAUGGCUUCCCUCAAAGAAUCCUGGGAACUGUAGUUUCAUGAGAGUUGUUAGGAGACCCUUGUUCCCCGCAGAGGGCUACGAUUCCCAGAGUCCCCUGGGAAGAGGUAUUGACUGCUGAACCACUCUGUGGGGGGAAAUAGGGAUCUUCUCUCAGUACCCUUAAGAAACUACAGUUCCCAGCAUUCUUUGAGGGAAGCCAUGGCUGUUUAAAGUGGCAUGACACUGCUUGAAAUGUAUAGUGCAGAUGGGACCUUAGUUGAAUACAACCCUCAGCCUUUAGCAUUAACUUGAAGGUCAGUAGCCAAGCUGGCCAACCGAUGCACCUUCAACCAUCCUGAUGGUCCACCAGUCUAUCUCGCCUUUGCAUAUCAACUGAGGCUUCUUAUCUACCCCCCCUUUCUCAGAAGUUAUUGACACAACCUGGCCAUACAUACCUUGGCUGCCAGCCAUAUGCACCUCAGACAGUGAAGCAGCUGACAAUCCUAAAGCCACACACAUCUCACCUGCCUGCCUUUGAAUGGCUUCACGAAGAAAGUGUCAGGCAGAUGAGGCUUCCUAUGUGUUACCUGGUCAAAAAUGCAAGUGGCACGUGCCACUGCACUUGAUUGUACCACUGUCUCCAUGGCUUGGCGAAGACCUUAGUUUCUAUUCAAAUGGAUUGCUUCUUUAAUGACUUAGGAUUGUCUCCAAAGGUAGUCACAUUCAGAGUGAACUCACUGAAAUUAAUGGGCAUGACUAACCUCGGACCGUUGAUUUCAGUAGGUCUGCUCUGAGUGGAGCUUGGUUUGAUAACAAACUUAAACAGUUCUUUGGAUAAAAACAAUUUAAAAAAAAUACCAACAUUGGAGGGAUUUCCUUUGUCUUCUUUUAAUUCACAUUUUACUGGGACCGGGAAUAAUGAAAAGUUGUAUUCCAACUGAAAGAUUAUUCUGCUUUCCACUAGAAAGGCUUCCCAUUCACAUUGCCAGUGCAUUGGCAUAUGAUUGCUUCAAAUGGGCUGGCAUUUUGACCACUUACACGGGUGUGAUUCCAACAUUCCAAUGAAAGCAAACGUUCUACACCGAUGUAAGUAAACAACGCCACACCACAACUCUUCCUCCCUUCCCCCCUCCUGAAAACUCUUUGCCCAAUUCCUUGUAUAAUACAGCCAGUGCAUAGCUGAGACUCAGCUGCAAAACUCUUGAAGUCAUUUUUGGAAAACUGAAAGAAAAGGGUACCACAGGGCAUGUGCAAAAUCCUUUCCCCUUAAACAACCCAGUAUCCUGGAUCUCAUGGAACAGGGGGCAUAACUUCCAAGCCAAACUAGAGGCAUUCAAGAGGCAGCUGGACAGCCACCCAUUGGGUAUGCUUUAAGUUGGAUUCCUGCACUAGGCAGGUGGAUUGGACUUGAUGGCCUUAUAGGCCCCUUCCAGCUCUACUAUUCUAUGAUUCUAUGAAAUGAUGUGCUUCUAGGCAAGCUAGAUCUCCAGAAGAUCCUCUUUUCAGUCCAUAGGUAAACUGAAUACAGAGCUGCUUUGUGUGAAUGGACAAAACAGACCUUGCUAUAUAGCAGUGCAGUCACAGUGUUCUGUGAAUCCUGAGAUCAGGAUAUGCAGCUCCAGCACUUCCAAUACAACACUGUACUUGGCUUAGUCCACCCUAUCAAGGGUCUGUAGGAUGCCUUCUUUUGGCUUGGAUUUUUUAAAAACAAAAACAAAAUCUUUACACUGUAAGAAGCAAUUGGCUGUGGGUGGUUUUGAACUAUCCCCCAGUUUCUGCAAUGCUGAAUCAAUCCGAGCCCAUCCGGCAGAUGGCUAAGUCAUCUGGACCUCUGAACUAAGCACAGUCAUUGUGCACCAGCUAUGCCCUGCCCUCUGCCACAGUGCCCAUCUUACCAGCCCUGCACAGGAAAGCUGAGUCACAUGAUCUAGUGUAAGGUUCCUUGGGUUGGGAUCAUGCCCCAGGUCUGCAGCAUCCAUGUCUCGUCAAAACAGCAGGCCCACAGAGAGUGGAGUGGCCCUGUGCCAGGAAGUUCUGCAAAGAGGUUGGGUCAAACCAAACGUCUCCAAAAAUGUGUCUUUCCCCCCCCCCUCGUAUUUAUAACUGUACAGACUUCGGGGGGUUGUUUAGGGUUUUCAACAGGCUGUUUAUCUCUCACCACACAUAUAUUGUACGCAAUGUAACCUUCUUGAUUGUGCUAUUCUAGUUUUUGUGUAUGUGGCAAUGUAAAGAACUGUGUAUAGUGCAUUGU